AUGACGUAUCCUUCUAAUGUUUUUGUUAGCCUCCUGUUGCAUAAAGUGGUACCAUCAACUGAAUAUUUACAUACAGUUAACGAUGGUGGGAGGAAUUACACAGUCUGCAUGUUAGAGAAAAAAUGUGUUUGUGGAAGGUUUCAAGUUGAUGAAUUGCCAUGCCCACAUGCUUGGGCUGUAUUGAAGAGCAAGUUUCUAAUGCCAGAAGAAUAUUGCUCUAACUAUUACAAACCAAAUACAAUUGUAAUGACAUACGAUGUGCCAGUGUACCCGCUACCGGACAGAAAUGACUGGAAUAUACCAGAUUAUGUUGCAGAGGAGGUUGUACUACCACCCAAAUGGAAAAGACCUCCUGGAAGGCCAAAGAAGAAGCGCGAUAAAACUUUAAGUGAGUUGUUGCAGCCGAAAAAUCAACAUUCAUGUAGCAUAUGUGGGCAGGGAGGACAUAACAAGCGAGCGUGUAGAAAUGCUCCACGUAAUAAAUAG